AUGCCCAGUGAUUCCCAUGUCUGCAAUGAUCCAUCGCCCUGGAGGGCCUAUGGAUUUCAUAUCUUGUCCAUUGUUCUUGUGUUAGCAAUCUCCCAGUAUAUGUAUGAUCUGCUGAUUUUCCAGGUUCAGGCUGAUAGACACUUGCUCAAUUUACAAAAUGAAAAAGGGGGAAAUGGUGCAGACCCUGAUGUGCCAGGAGUUGGCAAGAGAACACACACUGGAAAGAAAAUUUAUGAACGUAACUUAUGUGGAAAGUCCUUCUCCUGGAAGUCAACUCUCACUGUCCAUCAGAUAACACACACAGGAAAGAAACUUUUUGAAUGUAACGUGUGUGGAAAGUAUUUCAUCCAGAAAUCAAAGCUUACUGCAUAUCUUACUAGCCACCAGAGAACACACAAAGGAGAUAAACCAUAUGAAUGUAACAUGUGUGGAAAGUCUUUCGCCAGGAUGGCAUACCUCACUGUCCACCAGAGAACACAUACUAGAGAGAAACCUUAUGAAUGUAACAUGUGUGGAAAGUCUUUCACCAAGAAAUCAAAGCUUACUGUCCACCACAGAACACACACAGGAGAGAGACCUUAUGAAUGUAACCUGUGUGGAAAGUGUUUCACCCAGAAAUCAAAUCUUACUGUCCACCAGAGAACACACACAAAAUAGAAACCUUUUGAAUGUAAUAUUUGCGGAAAGUUUUUCACCCACAAGGAAUAUCUUUCUACCCACCAGAGAACACACACAGGAGAGAAAAUUUAUGAAUGUAACUUGUGUGGAAAGUCCUUUACCUGGAAGUCAACCCUCACUGUCCAUCAGAUAACACACACAGGAAAGAAACCUUAUGAAUGUAAUGUGUGUGGAAAGUCUUUCACCAAGAAAUCAAAGCUCACUGUUCACCAUAGAACACACACAAAAGAGAAACCUUUUCAAUGCAACAUUUGUGGAAAAUCUUUCACCUGCAAGGCAUAUCUUACUAGACACCAGAGAACACACACUGGAAAGAAAAUUUAUGAAUGUAACUUAUGUGGAAAGUCCUUCUCCUGGAAGUCAACUCUCACUGUCCAUCAGAUAACACACACAGGAAAGAAACCUUUUGAAUGUAAUGUGUGUGGAAAGUAUUUCAUCCAGAAAUCAAAGCUUACUGCAUAUCUUACUAGCCACCAGAGAACACACAAAGGAGAUAAACCAUAUGAAUGUAACAUGUGUGGAAAGUCUUUCGCCAGGAUGGCAUACCUUACUCUCCACCAGAGAACACAUACUAGAGAGAAACCUUAUUAAUGUAACAUGUGUGGAAAGUCUUUCACCAAGAAAUCAAAGCUUACUGUCCACCACAGAACUCACACAGGAGAGAGACCUUAUGAAUGUAACCUGUGUGGAAAGUAUUUCACCCAGAAAUCAAAGCUUACUGUCCCCCGGAGAACACACACAAAAGAGAAACCUUUUGAAUGUAAAAUUUGUGGAAAGUUUUUCACCCACAAGGAAUAUCUUACUACCCACCAGAGAACACACACAGGAGAGAAAAUUUAUGAAUGUAACUUGUGUGGAAAGUCCUUUACCUGGAAGUCAACCUUCACUGUCCAUCAGAUAACACACAAAGGAAAGAAACCUUAUGAAUGUAACGUGUGUGGAAAGUCUUUCACCAAGAAAUCAAAGCUUACUGUUCACCUGAGAACACACACAAAAGAGAAAGCUUUUGAAUGUAACAUUUGUGGAAUAUCCUUCUCUUGCAAGGCAUAUCUUACUAGCCACCAGAGAAUACACACAGGAGAGAAACUUCAUGAAUGUAAUGUGUGUGGAAAGUCUUUCACCCAAAAGGGUAACCUUACUGCCCAUCACAGAACACACACAGGAGAGGGACCUUAUGAAUGUAACCUGUGUGGAAAGUGUUUCAUCCAGAAAUCAAAGCUUACUUGCCACCAGAGAACAGAAUUACUUCCCAAAAAUGUUAAUCACAGCUGGAUUGAAAGAGUAUUUGGGAAAUGUGGCAACGUUGUUUACAUAAGUAUACCACAUUAUAAGUCUACUGGAGAUCCAAAAGGAUUUGGGUUUGUGGAGUUUGAAACAAAGGAGCAGGCAGCAAAAGCUAUUGAGGUUCAGGCUGAUAGACACUUGCUUAAUUUACAAAAUGAUAAAGGGGGAAAUGGUGCAGACCCUGAGGUGCCAGGAGUUGGCAAGGGGUGA